AUGUGCCCAGAACAGCAGGAGGCAGCGUCGGGAGAACACGGUCCACCGGGGCAGCUGCGAUCCGGCGGCGCGCACAGCCCGCACCUGGGGCCCGCAACAACGGCGCUGCCAAAGGGUCCCCGAGGCGAGGGCAGGAUGCGACCCGCCCGACCACGGCUUUCCUCGCAAAACGGGUUUCCACCCCUCGGACAGGAGCUCCGCGACGCCGGGGCUCGGCGGGCCCGGCCGGGUUCCGGAGCGGCCGCGGCCGCCGCCAGGGGCUGCCCUCGACCCGCGGUUCCCGCCACCGCCGGCCUCGCCUGUCCGGACCCGCAUCGCUCCGCUCCGCUCCGCCCCUCCCCGCCCCGCCCCGUCCCGGCACAGCAGCCCCCGGCAGAGGGACCCGGGGAGCGGCCAGGGGUCCCGGGUCGGGCCGCGCCGCCCCCGGGCGGGGCCGGGAUCGGCAAGGCGAGCGGUCGGGUUUUAAGAGAGAGUCGCUAUGGGCAGAGCAGGUGCUGAGGUGCACGCUCUGUGGCUGCUGCCUCAGACUGGGUGGAGAUCAUCGAGCCCCGCUCCCAGGAGCGGAUGUAUGUGAACCUGACCACCGGGGAGUGCAGCUGGGAGCCCCCUCCCAACCUGAAGGUGCGCCAGUCCGACCAGAAGCAGUGGUGGGAGCUCUUCGACCAGAACAACAACCGCUUCUACUACUACAAUGCCAUCACGCAGCAGACGGUGUGGCACCGGCCCCAGGGCUGUGACAUUGUGCCUUUGGCACAGCUCCAGGCCAUGAAGGGCAGCUCCCAGCCUGACUGCUAUGGCCGGGAGCACCGAGGCAGCACUGGCAGCAGUGGCAGAAGCACCCCCAUCCAAAUGGCCGUCCUGCAGGAUAUGGAGAAGAGCAAGUGGGACAGUGCAGUGGAGAAGAGGAAAGAUCCUGCCAGGGAGACUCCUACCCACUGGCAGCCUCUGCCAGGCACAAAAGCAGCCAUGUUGGUCAAAGUGAACAGUUUGAGGCAGAUGCAGAGCUUUUCAAACAGUUCUCUUCAGCUGCAGGGUGCUCCAAAGCCCAGCAGCCCAAAAUCUCUUCCCAAACCAGCUAUAUAUGCUCAGCCUCGAUCCACGUCCCAGAGCCCUGGAGCCACAAAGCAAAUGCCUGCAGCAGAAACAAAACAGUCUAUGCAGAUCAAAAAGACAGAGAGUGGUGGGUUUUGCCUGGUGCUGAUGAAUGGUCCUACUUCCCAAACACCUCCAAGGAGCCGGACAGGAACCCCUCAGCCUGCAUCCCCCACAUAUGCCUCUCCUGCACCUAUAUACGAUGAGCCAUCUUUAGAGUUGCCAAUUUAUGAUGAGCCACCAGUAGAUAUGGACACUGAAAGCAUUUGUGUGAGUGGGAUGUCUGCACCAAGAUCACCAAGCAGUAGCUUAAAAAAGCAACUGCAACCAACCAAAUUAUUGCAGCAUCCCAGUAUGCAGCAACAACAACAAGCUGCAAAGAAGCAUGCAAGGAAUCCCUCUUCCACUGAAUACAGCCCAGCUGGCAGAGAAUACAUAAAACAUAUGGUCAACGUUGACCAAUCUACCAAACCCUCUCACUCUUCUGCUGCAACAGCUGAUACCUCCACUAAACUGCCUGGUCAGCUUGCUUCAAAGGACAGUUUCAAGCAGUCUUGGAGGAUCUUGGAAGCCAAUGUCCUCAAGAACAUGGAACUCCACCACAGUCGGCAAAACAGCCUGCAGACUCAGGAGUACCCAACCGGUAUAAGCCAUCAGGAUUCUGGUUAUUCAACUGGCCCUUCUCCAAGCUUGAGAAAAAGGAAAGGAAGGAGGCAAGGAACUAGUCAAGCAAGACCUGGCUCUGUGGGCAGCAGCAGUGAGCUCACAGCUCUGAAUGAUAAAGUGAUUGCUGAGAUGCGUGCUGUGGUGGGCAGGUCAGCAGCUUGCAGGGGAAGCAAAGUCAGCCUGGAUGCUGAGAGCCUGGAGAACAGUGUCCCAGCAGAGAGCAGCAAGGUCAGGUUUCAGUCUGAACACUUGAAAAAAUGCAUCAGCCGGAGCUCCAGGGAUGAUGUCUCAGCCAGCAACAGGUCUCUGUACAGACAGGACCUGGAGAUUAGGGAUGUGGCUGUUCCACAGGACACAAUGAGGCAGAAGAGAACUUUUGAGAAAAUAGAUUCUUUAGAAAAGAAUGUGACCAGUCAGACAAGCUUGGCUUCAUCAGGUGCUACACACCAUUCCUCACAGGUACCUCCCCAUCUGUGCCAUCCUGAGAGCAUAGAGCUGGAGCCCAAGAAGGAGGGCAGCAGCCAGCGUGGUGGCUGUUUGGGUUGCCAUUUCCCUUACAACACCCUACGGAAGCCCAUCUCCCAGAGCAGUAUGGCAGAUUGGGCUUCCAAAAACCUGAACAUGCACACACAAGGCAUCUUCCGACGAAGGAUCUCCAUCUCCAACAUGCUCUCCUGGAACGGUGGCUCCAUCAAAAAGCCAAUGCUCAUCACUAGCAACCGGACCAUCAAAAAAGAGGCAUGUGAGAUGUUCAAACUGGUGCAGAGCUACAUGGGAGAUCGACAGACUCGCAUGGACCGCAAUCACGUGGCACUGGUCACAGUCACCAAGUGCUGGAGCAUGCAAGGGUUGCGGGAUGAGCUCUACAUACAGCUGAUCAGGCAGACAACAGAUAACACGUGCUACCGAAGCUUGGCCUGGGGCUGGGAACUGAUGGCCAUCAGUCUGGCCUUUUUCUCCCCAUCACCCAAAUUUCAGUCUUACCUGGAAGGUUACAUUUAUCGCCACCUCGACAGUGAUGAAAAGAUUGUCCAGCACAUCAAGGAGCUUGUGGAUCUGAAAAACAAGAAGAUCACAAAAUCCAGGAAAAAGAGGAAACAAAACACAGAGGAUGAAGGUCUGCCCAUUAGCACCUAUGCCAAGUACUGCUACCGGAAACUCCAGAAAGUAGCCGUCACUGGAGGCAAAAAGGGUCUCCGUAAACCAACAGUGGAAGAGAUAACGCAUGCCAGGAAUGCCAUCCUCACACCAUCCCUGUUCGGCAGCUCCCUGGAGGAAAUCAUGCUGCGGCAGCAGGACAUUUACCCGGGGAACAAGCUGCCCUGGGUGCAGACACAGCUGUCACAGCAGGUCCUGGCCCUGGGAGGGGAACAGACUGAGGGGAUUUUCAGGAUACCUGGUGACAUAGAUGAAGUCAAUGCAUUGAAAUUGCAGGUGGAUCAGUGGAAAAUCCCAAACAGUCUCAGUGACCCCAACAUACCAGCCUCUCUCCUCAAGCUCUGGUAUCGGGAGCUGGAGGAGCCUGUGAUCCCCCAGCAGUUCUACAAAGAGUGUAUCAACAACUAUGAGAACCCUGAUGCUGCUGUGGCUGUGGUGCAGCUUUUGCCGGAGCUCAACAGACUGGUGCUGUGUUACCUCAUACACUUCCUGCAGAUCUUUGCUCAGCCAUCAAAUGUGGGCAGAACAAAGAUGGAUGUGAAUAACCUGGCCAUGGUGAUGGCCCCCAACUGCCUGCGCUGCCAGUCCGACGACCCUCGCGUUAUCUUUGAGAACACACGCAAAGAAAUGUCUUUUCUCCGCAUGCUGAUAGUGCACUUGGACACGAGCUUCAUCAAAGGGCUGGUUUGAUCCACUGGCC